AUGGCCGACACAUGCAAAUCCUGCCACGACCCUCUCAUCCUAGCCCUCGAUCCGGACGAGUCCGGCGACGAGGGCCAGACCGUGCCCGAUGACCUCCACCUGCCCUGCGGCUGCCACUUCCACUGGCAAUGCCUGCUCGACCUGGCCGCCGAGAUCGUAGCCGCGUCCUACCACUGCCCCUCCUGCAACAGCGACCUCCCCUCCCUCACCACCACCGCCGCCCCCGCAGCACCACCACCACCAACCGGUACCACGACCCCGCCCCCCAUUCUCACCACCUACACCAACGAAGGCGGCGUCCAACCCGACCUCGACAUCGCCCCGCACCUGGCCGAGGAGGCCUUCCUGACCGCGCACCCUUACGCCCGCCCGGCGCGCGCCUUCCACGCGCUCGUCGCCGAAGGCGACGUGCCGGGCAUGCUCGACCUGCUGGGCUCCCUCGCCACCACCAGCUCCGGCUCCACCAACCCGGCCGAACUCCCCUCGGAGGGGGAGGGAGAGGGGGAGGGGGAGGGGGAGAUAUCGCUGACCCCGGCGCAGCUGCUCGCGUGGCGCGACCCGCUCAACGGCCUGCGCGGCGCGCUGCACGUGGCGCUGGAGGCGCGGCAGGAGGAGGCCGUGUGGGCGCUGCUGUGGCUGGGCAGCGGCGUCGCGCGGGCCGAGUUCCCUGCCGCGGUGGUGCAGGCGGCCGAGGGGAUGGGGCUGCCGCGCUGCUGGGAUGAGGGUAGGCAGGCGGUGGAGGCGGGGGCGGAGGAUGUGCGGUUUGUGAGGGACGGCGCGGGGCGCACGGCGGGGGAUGUGUGUCUUGAGUUGGGGGAGCCGUGGACGAGGUUUGUUGAGGGGGGGUUGUUUGGCGUUUGA